UCGUUUUCUUCCCUCAACAGUCUCUCCCUCUCUCUUUCGCUCUCGAACAUAGUGCUGGUGCCUUCUCCCUUUCACAGCUUGCGGAGGGGAGAGAGAGAGUGCAGCCAUGGCUCUUCGUCUUUAGCUUCACCAGCACGCUACAGGGAUCGUGAAGUCUAGCGAUCUUCCAAAUGAGAUUUGUUUGCAGCGUCGGGCCUGUGCUUUACUCUCUUUUACCUCUAUCUCUGACUGACUAAAGAUCGAGGAGGGGGAACAAGAGCAAGAAGAGGCGGAGCUCGAGGGGGGAAGGUAAACUGACUCCAUCUCUAUUCACGGAUCCGGGUUUUCUUGCCGCGAUGAGUUCGCAUUCCUUCGUUUCUGUACCAUGGAGUCGGGAGAUAAAGCGAGGAGUUCGCAACUUUUCUUGAUAUGUUCAGGAUUUGGGGUUUUCUCCGGGCAACUGUCUCUGAGUCUGCAAAGUGAGCUCCGGUAGGCUCUUCGGUGGAUUUUGCACUUUCUGGCACAAGGUUUCUUUUGUUUCGGAGUCUGAGCUUGGGGAAUUUGCCCUUCGUAAGAAAUUUUUUUUGCUUUGGUUUUAGGGUUUUCUUUUUUUCAUCGCGUAGAGACCUCGACUCUUGUGGGUUUGUAGUGGUUUGGCGGUCUGAUUUCCUUAAUAAACGGAAAUCUGGGAUCGUUUUGGCGCUAGAGGGAUGUACGCGCCUCCUCUUUUUGAUUUUCAGUGCGAGACUCCCCUUCUGCUUAAAUUCUGGGUUAAUCUUUGAACUGCGGCCUUAUCGGUUUUGAUUUUGGUGGAUGAGCGUGGUUGCGCUUUCUCUUGGCGCUUUCUUGUGUUUCUCCUGGAAUGUGGGCCGUCCUUCCUGAUCUCUUCGUUGGAUUUGUGCUUCUGUGAGAGAAGGAAGUCCGUUUGAGAAAGGGAGUUUGGGUUCUUGUGCACUAGAUCUGAGGAUCUGGGAGGUUUCUGGGGAAUGUCCUGCUCCUACCAUGACUAAUAAUCUAGACUCGUCAAAUUCUUUCAUCGUUGGCAAGGAUGGAGAGAGGUGCCUGGAUCCUCAGCUUUGGCAUGCGUGUGCUGGUGGCAUGGUCCAGAUGCACAAGGUUAACACGAAGGUUUACUAUUUCCCGCAAGGGCACGCGGAGCAUGCCGGAGGCAGUUUUGAGUUGCCGCCCUCCUUGAAGAUGCCGCCCUUUAUCCCCUGCAAGAUUGGGGAUGUUAAGUUCCUGGCUGAUAGGGAAACGGAUGAAGUUUUCGUGAAGCUGAAGCUUUUUCCCUUGAGCCCAAUGGUGGAUGGCUUUGGAGGUGCUGAAGAAGAAGAUAGUUUCAGUGAGAAUAGCGGAUUGGAUGUCGAUAAACCCACAUCUUUCGCCAAGACCUUGACGCAGUCAGACGCCAACAAUGGGGGUGGCUUCUCGGUGCCCCGUUAUUGUGCUGAAACCAUCUUCCCGAAGCUUGACUACUCGAACGAUCCCCCCGUGCAGACUGUCCUUGCAAAAGAUGUCCAUGGUGAGGUCUGGAAGUUCAGGCACAUUUACCGAGGAACACCGAGGCGCCACCUUCUAACUACAGGCUGGAGCACGUUUGUUAACCAGAAGAAACUUGUGGCCGGAGAUUCCAUCGUGUUUCUGCGGACUGCUAAUGGGGAGCUGUGUGUUGGGGUAAGGCGUUCUGCCAGGUUGACCGGAGACUCUCCGUCCUCUGUGGCAUCUGCUUGGUGCUUAUCUGCUGGGAGUCUGGGAUCCCCGUUCAGGAGCCCAAGAUGGGAAGGAAAAUCAGGGACUGGUGUUGCUGGUGGUAGCGGUUUCUCUAUGUUCUUGAGAGAAGAUGAGAACAGGAUGACAAGGCCCGGUAAUAAUGGCGGCUUUUCAAGGGAUAAGACUAAGGUGAGUGCUAAAGCAGUGAUUGAGGCAUGUAGCUUGGCAGCUGCUGGACAACCAUUUGAAGUGAUCUAUUUCCCUCGUGCAAGUACUCCCGAGUUUUGUGUGAAGGCUAGUACAGUGAGCGCUUCUAUGAGGGUGCAUUGGACGCCGGGGAUGAGGUUUAAGAUGGCAUUCGAGACGGAGGAUUCUUCUCGGAUCAGUUGGUUUAUGGGAACAAUUUCAUCGGUGCAGUUUGCGGAUUCGGUUAACUGGCCAAAUUCACCAUGGCGGCUUCUUCAGGUGACUUGGGAUGAACCGGAUCUACUGCAGAAUGUGAAGCGAGUUAGUCCGUGGUUGAUAGAGAUAGUCUCCAACAUACCAACCAUCCAGAUGUCUCCCUUUGCACUUCCUAAGAAGAAGCUGAGGGUCUCACAGCACCCAGAAUUUCAGCACGAUGUCCAGGGGAUCAUUGGCUCUCUUCCAGCUGGUGUUCUUCCCGGUAAUAUGCUCGGGUCUAUCAACCCGUGGCAACGUCUCCCGGAAAAUGUUCCUUCAGGCAUACAGGGAGCCAGGCAUGGUCACUUCGGUGUUUCACUCUCGGACUUUUGUCCGAACAAGUUUAGGCCGGGUUUUUUGUCCGAUAACAUGUAUCACUGUCAAGAGCAAGCCCUGCGUUCAUCACCUGUUUCGACUGAGCUUUUCAUAGGGAAUUCCUCUUCCCUGGAGCGCUCCAUUGGGCAGGGUAGCAUCUCUUGUAUCCUUUCUAGCUGUGACCCUCUAUUGAGCAGCAAAAGGUCACUUGAUGCAGGUCAUGUGAAGCCAGCUGAAAAGGCUGCCCAAAUCAGGCUUUUUGGCCAGUCGAUAGGCAUGAAAGAACCAGAGAAAUCGGACUCCACUCAGCUGAACUCGCAAGUAUAUUCCACAGAUGGCUUGGGAUCCAGCGUUAUUACCAACAACAGUGGCAUCGUCAGUGGGAGCACUGAGAAUUUUAACACUGCCCAUGUCGACAAGAUAAACUUCUCUCGCAGCCAGGGAAAAGGGCCCCACUAUCACAAGCAUUUGGACGCUCCCAGUGCUCCCAACAUCUUGCCAGGCAUUUCUUUGCUUAAAGAGAAGCCUUCUGACCUCGGUUUGCAAAAGUGUGUAUAUGGCGAUAAGCUUUUUGAUGAAGGUGCCAAUGGCCACUGCAAGGUCUUCAUGGAGUCUGAGGAUGUGGGCCGAAGUCUGGACCUUUCUUCAUUCACUUCAUUUGACGAGCUCUAUAAAACGCUGGCACAAAUGUUCGCGGUCGACCAAACUGAUAUGCUCAGUAGGGUGCUCUACCGAGAUGCUAAUGGUAUCGUGAGGCACACUGGAGAUGAACCUUACAGUGAGUUUAUGAAGACCGCAAGGAGAGUUACGAUCUUGUCUGAUGCUGGAAGUGACAACAUGGGAAGGUAAAACGCCGUUUUUUUGUUGUACCUUGCAAAAACCAUGUACAGAAGCUACUCUUAGACUCCUUUUUCUACUCUCUUUUGAGCAAAGUUUAGUGGCUGAAACUUCCUACGUGUGCUUGUCUAGUUGAGAUAUCUGGCUGGAAGCCUUUUCUUUUUU